GCCGCCCAGCUGGGAAACUCCGAGGCUGCGGAGCCCGUCGGCCGUUUCCGCAUCGCUCCCAAAAUGGAAGCUGGGGCUUGAAUUCAAAGGUGCACUCCUGUGUUUUUCGUCGCGAUGAGAAAAGAAACAAAAACCAAAAUCCUGGCGCGCAGGCGGAGAUGGGGACGGAUGGGGGAUCCUGCCUGCCGGACGGUGCUGGGACUCCUUCGCUGACUCCCGUGGGUUGUUAGCUGUGCAACAGCCUACAUCGUCCCCGGAACGCAGUGUGACGCCACAGCCAGAGGCCGCCACCCCUCACCAUGCCAAACUGCGGCAGAACCCUGGAUGAAUUUGCCGUGGCCGAGGAGGCCCAGGAGAUGGUGACCCAGCACCGCCCCCGAAUCGAGCAGCUCUUUGGAGUGGAGCUGAACGUCCUGGGGGUGCUGGGGUCGGUCCAGGGCCCUAACGGAGACCCCGAGGGGACGAGGAAAAUCUGGCUGCAGCUGCAAGGAUGCAGAGAGAACCUGCAGAGGGCAAAGGAAUAUAUCAAAGGUCUCUGUGCCCCAGAGCUGAGCGAGGAGAUUUACUAUCCCAAAGACAUGCAGUGCAUUUUUUUAGGAGCUUGUGGCUUGUUCCUCGAUUGCCUCACCCAAGGGACUUCUGCCCACCUGACCGUUCUCCGCCCAGGCGCCUUGUUGAUCUUGGGCCUGGCUGAAUCCUUCGUCAUGGCCCAAAGCCGGAUCCAGGAUUUUGUAGAAAAACACCAGAAGAACCCUAAGUUGCCAGAGGAGCGGGAGGCCCAGGUGAAGCGGGCCUUCCGAAAACUGGUGGAGACCCAUGAUGACAAACACGCUAUAGACCUCUUGAUCCUUCCCACUUCGGUCAAGGAUGAGUUGCUCAGAUUGGUGAAGGAGUUUCAUGAAGAAACCCAGGAGCAGAGGCAAGGGAAUGGGUGUUGGACGCCGCAUGGCUUUGGGCAAGAGUGUCUACUCGGUUGGGAAACUGUAACUAUGGGUGGUGGUAGGUCUCAGUCUCCAAGUAGGCCUCAAAGUACCUUCGGCAUGGGGCUCAGCAGGAUUCGAGAACAGAGCAAAACUGGAGAGUCCAGCGUGGGCAUGUCUAUAGGCUUUGCUAGGCCUCAUGAAUCUCAUAAAUCCCAAGAUGCCACACAACUACAGUAUUCUGCUAGGCCUCAAGAUGUUAGGACUGACUUGCCUAUCAUGGUCGGUGGGUCUCAAGAACAAACUCUGCCUCAGGUGUCAAGGAUUGACUUUCCCAGAGGGCCUGCUGCGGUUGACUUGCACGCUAGGCCUCAAGACUCCCCGUCUGGCUUGAAUUUUCCUCAGUGUUGGCCUGAGGCAGUGAGUAUUCCAAAGCCAGGGUUUCCAAAGAGUUCCCCUAAACUCAUUCCGGCUGUAAAGACACAGAUUCUUCCUGGUUACACAGGCCUAACGGAGUCUUUAGAGGAACGUCAAGAAGAACGGAAGAAAGCCCUUUGUGUUAGGAAAUCAAGCCCCAUUAGCUUGCCUGAGGAAACUAGUGAGGAGGAGCCAUCGUCAGACGUUCUGCUGUCAUCGUGGACAGAGAAGGAGUUCAAAAUGAGGCUAGACUUCUUUAAAACCAUGGGCUAUGAAGAGCGGGUGGUCAGGAAAAUACUCUUUGAGGGUGGGGUACAGGAGGCCCCUUCGACUAUCUUGGACAGGGUCCAGAUGGCAGAGGCAAGCUUGUCCCAGAAAGACCUUGUCCUUCCCCAGAAGGAGCCUGGGGGAGCAGAGCUCUUCUUCCCGCCAGAAAAGAGUGGAGAUGAAAAGGAAUAUCUCAGGGAACUCAUCAAAACGGCAGUGGCCAACUGUGGUUACUCGACCAGCAAGAUCCCUGCAGAGAUAGCAACUGGAGCCCCAUUGGAACGUCUGCUGAGGCAGCUCAAUGAGAAAGGGGAACACCAAGAUGUGGCAGAAGGCGCGACCGGGACCUCAGCAAGAAAUCCAGAGCAGAAAACGCAGCUGGGUGUCCGGAGGACGGCCAUCUUGAAUCAUGGGGAAUCUUCACAGUGGAGGCCUCCUCAGGAGAGAGGGCAAAACAGAUCCCCUUUCCCUGAGGAGACCCGUGUAUCACCAGUUCAACCAGAGAUUGCUGCUUUUUCUCCUAACACUUCCCCUGGUGCCAACUUGUUCUCCAAGUCGAAUUCAGAGGGGAACCAUUUGCCUAAGGGCACCAACCGACGACCUUCCCGCCAAGGGUCCGUUUCUACAGUAACCGGAGCCCAGCGCUUUGAGGAAGCUCUCCGGACCCAAUUCAAGCUCGAGUUGGCCAAUACACCAGGGAAGAAGAACCUGCGGAGGGUCAUCAUUGAUGGCAGCAAUGUGGCCAUGAUGCACGGUCUGAACCAGUUCUUCUCGUGCCGGGGCAUCGCUCUGGCUGUACAGUAUUUCUGGGACCGCGGGCACCGGGAAAUAACCGUCUUGGUACCCUCGUACCGGACGGAAGAAGACUCCAACGUGAGAGAGCGGCACUUCUUGAUCGAGUUGCAAGACCUAAGUAUCCUCUCCGUCACGCCGUCGCGCAGGAUAGAUGGGAAAGGCAUCGUACCCUACGAUGACAGGGUCAUGCUCCAAUUGGCAGAGCAGACCAACGGCGUUAUUGUUACCAACGACCAAUUCCGGGAUCUUGCGAAAGAGUCAAAGAAAUGGAUCAGGCUCAUUAAGGAAAGCCUGCUGCAGUACAUCUUCGUGGGGAAUAUCUUCAUGGUUCCUGAUGACCCGUUGGGACGUGAUGGACCCCCCUUAGAAGAAUUCCUGAAGAAAAACCCCAGCAGGACUAAGGCACCGAACUGCCACUCCUUCAGUGGCCGGCCAGCACCCAUGCCCAUACCUGCGCGGCCUGCCUCACAGACAGAGGUCCUUCAGCCACGAGACAGGAGGCCACCUGGCGCUUUGCUUGGGGAUCGAAAGAGGAGUCCUCAACUUGGCGCAACCAAGGCCGUGGAGGUGCUUCGGCCUACAGGGGAGACCGAACGGCUGAGGAGAAGCCUUUUGGAGAUCUUCGUGGGCCAGGACACAAAAGUUGAUUUCGUGCUCAUGCGGGAUCCUUGCUGUUGUGACCUCAACAAGCUUUCAGAGGCUAUUCUCAGCCUCAAUUUCUGAGCCAACAAACAUGACUGAACCUCAGAUCAUUAAUGUGACUUAUUUUGGGCUGUACCAUCCACUAACUUGAGGGGAGAUACAGAUGAAAACUUUCGCCACGUAACACCGCAUGGUCGAUUUCGAACACCACUCGUUGCAUUCAGUCCCAAAAUCGUGGGGCCGUUGGAUGGAGCAUCUCCUUCGUUAGCCAGCGAUUGAAUCUUUCUCAGUGGAUUUUACAUGACACUGAAGUAACUCGGGAUUAAGUUACUGCAUGCAAUAAGGCUGAUCGUAUGGCCAAUCAAAAAUAUGACAAGAUUAAUAUUCAUCCCCCUUCAUAGGGCAUGAGCAAAAGAUGAUAUUUCAUGUCCAUGGCCAUCUUCUGAUUCCAAGGAAUUCUGGGAAUUAUUCUACAAAAGGGAUUUCUAAUAGGCUCUUUGGCUUCUGUACAACAUUGCAGUCCUAGGGUUCCUGGGAUAAAAACCAUGAUUGUUACAUGAAUUCCAGACUAAUUUAAAACAGGGUUAGGAAAUUUAGAUGUAGCCUCUCUUUUCAGGUAUAGUCAAAGGACAAAUCCUUGGAAAGUCCUGCACUGUCUUCCAGAAUAUAGAGAAAAUUCCCAUGGAAGAGGGAGACAAGAACCAAGCAGGCAACAUUUUAGAUUACGUCUCAGGUUCCCUAACAGGCAAUCGGAUGAGCUACUGCACAUUUUAAACCAUAAUCAUGGUUGAACAUACUUCACAGAUUUUAAGAGAGAGUAACAAUAAUUAUUUUGUUCACAGAUUUUAAAAGCUUCAUCUAAAAUUCAGAUUGUAGUGUACUGUUAAGUUUUAUGCUCAAAAUACUAUUUUAGAAGACAUUUGUUCCAUCUACCCACCUGCAGAGGGGAAAAAUUGUGAAGAAAAUUCAAUUUAUUUUUUUUAUUAGAAAAGGAAAUUGUACAAUUUGUAGAUUUCUGAACUAAGGGAGCAGAUAAAGAUUUCCGUAUGUGUUCCAGAAACUUUUAAAGAAAUUGAACUGUUUUUGAAAGCUAAAAAUAAAUUGUGUAUUUUCUGACCAAAUUA